UAAUAAUAAAGCGAAAAAAAGGCAGAAAAGUUUAAAAAAUUGUACUCUGAUCCCUCACGUUCUUUAUGCUUUAUCUCAGACUUUUCAUCGAAAAUUUUCCUUUAUACACUUUUUUUCUAUGUGUUUUUAGAGAAAAAAGACUAAAAAACUCUAUAAAAAGUUGCGUCCUUUCUCCUCCAAAGAGUCUCCUUUUUCUCUCCUUUUUUCUCAUUCUAAAAACACCCUGUUUUUUUGGUUUUAAGAGUUAUGGUUCUUGCUCUUCGUAGUAGCAAAAACACCAAAUUUGUUAUGUAAAAAUGAAUGGUGGAGAUCCAGCCUUCAAGCUGUUUGGAAGGAAGAUUCCUGUGCCUGAACCUCAGAUUCAUGCUGGGGAUAUGAGUAGUGAUGUAACAAACCCAGAAACUGAAACUUCUCACACAAUCAUAUCUGGUGAGCCAGAUAAGUUCAUUGCAGUAGAAAAUGAUAAGGAAGAACACCAAACUUCUAUAAAACCGAAUGAGAUUAAAAUCGACUCUAAGCCCAAAGAUGAACAGGCAGAGACAAAUAGUACAGAUCAAGAGAAAGUUUUUAAGAAGCCAGACAAGAUCCUUCCGUGUCCACGGUGCAACAGCUUAGACACAAAAUUCUGUUACUUCAAUAACUACAAUGUCAACCAACCUCGACACUUCUGCAAGAAUUGCCAGAGAUAUUGGACAGCUGGUGGAACAAUGAGAAAUGUUCCCAUUGGUGCUGGUCGGAGGAAGAAUAAGCACUUGGCCUCUCAGUACCGUCAGAUAAUAGUUUCUUCUGAUGGAGUACCAAUGACUUGGGUAGAAACCCCCGACUCAGCAAAUCAACAGCUUCAAUCUCCUGGUGAAUCUACACCUGUUUUUAAGCCUUCCAUGGGAAAUGGAACAGUUUUAAAUUUUGGUGCAGAAACACCUCUUUGUGAAUCCAUGGAGACUGUGCUUAGCCUUGGAGACCAGAAGAGAUGUGUUGAGACUGGUACAGUCAGUUGCGGAGAAAUACGAGAGGAACCAUCUUCUGCAACACCUUGCAGCAUACGGGGGAAUGAAUUACCUGGACAUGUCAUGCAAAAAGAGAGAAUAGGUUUGACAGGACCUAAUGAGCUGAAUACGCAUCAUCUGCCGCAGUGCUAUCCUGUUCGACCCUGGAUUCUUCCUUGGAAUCCAGGUUCACAUGGUGUAGCUCCCAUGGCAGCUGGUCAGUGUUCUUCUGAGCGUAUUGGUGCACCAAAUAGCAGUACUUCCAAUGCAGUUCAAUGGUGCUCUACACCAAUGGUGGCUGUUCCGGGGUUUUGCCCGCCAAGCAUUCCUUUACAGUUUCUGCCUGCUUAUUGGGGUUGUAUGCCUCUAUGGGCAGCUGGUGGAGGAAAUUUGUCAGUCAGUGGCUCCAAUGGUUGCCUAUCUCCAUCCUCUACCAGCAACAGUUGCUGCUCAGGCAUUGGCUCACCAACACUAGGCAAACAUUCCAGAGAAGCAAAAGAGGGGCAAUCAGAAAAGUGCGUUGUGGUUCCAAAGACGCUAAGAAUUGAUGAUCCAAAUGAAGCUUCGAGGAGUCCUAUAUGGGCUACAUUAGGUAUUAAACCUGACCAGAAGGAUCCUUUACAAGGAGGUAAAAUUUUCAAUGCCUUUGAAUCUAAAGCAGAAGCCAAAGACCAUGUACCAGAUGGCACUCAUAUUUUGGAAGCAAACCCUGCAGCCCUUUCUCGUUCUCACAAAUUCCAAGAGAGCACAUAAGGGUCUCUCAUAAUAUUUGCCCGGAAAUGUCACCGUCUGAUAUGCUCUGUGCAUAUUGAAGGCACAAAUUUCAUCAGUUCUUGUGAGGGAGAUCUGUUUUCUGGUCUGAACACUAAAACUCUAAACUCAUGGGAAGAAAAUCUGCUCCGGUUAUUGACAGUGUAGGCAAUGUAUCAGUUCUACUUUGAGAGUUCUGUAAAUAGUUGAAAACAGUGAUUGAGUGGUGUUCAUCAUCUGCGGCCUAUUCUAAGAUUUCAUUUCAGGCAGUUGCAUAUCUCUUUUAAAUGUAACUUGACAAACAAGAAACAAAAAGAUGAGCGGAUUGCCCUUUGAUUCUUAUCUAUUCGAAUUAUGUUAGCAAAUACCCAUGUUUGGGGUUAGUUUUCUUCUGAAAAUAUCGUGUACAAUAUCUCCAGUUUUGAACAUGGAGAAAAUUUUCCUAGCGAAUAGAUUUUCACUAUUUUAUGUUUUGUUUCCUGAAAUUAUCUGCUGCUGCAAGAUCAGUUAUUUAGCGUUGCUGAAACAAUAUUUUUUUUAUAAAAGAGGCUACAGUAUCAGGAUAAGAGAAGGAAUUACAGGAAUUAAGAUUUUAAUUUCAGGUGUAUCAAAUGCCGCUAACUUGCACAUGAUGGAAUUUGAAUUGUAAAUCUAUUGAAUCUCAAACUUACAGUUCAGGAUAGAUGUGUUAUAUAGAAUAAUAAUUUAAGAUCAGUAAAAAUCUUGAAUGCUCUAGAUCAAUGUAGAAGAGUGCAUUCUCAAACAAAAUAGCUUGGGAAGGGAUUAUAGCUACCAAUAUAUUUUCUUUCUGUUUCUAUUGAUACUCUUCCUGUUCAGUCAGUAGCUCACAUUCUCAAGAAAGAUGGAAUAUGCAGUCUUAGUUGCUACCAGCUAUCAACAAUAGAAUCAGAAAAAAAGUCAUGGCUUAUUCAUCGCCAUAACCAUAAAGUUUGAUCAUUAAAUUGUAUGAUCCCUUUGCAAUCUUUUAUCAGCGAGUUAUAACAUUUUUUAUAUAAAGAAGGCCGCAAUGAAAAA